AUGAAACUGAUCAACCCACCAUGGGUAAGCCAUGAUGGUGGAGCUAUAUACUCUUUGGAUGUUCAUCCUUAUGCAGAUAAGAUAGUUACUUGUGGACAAGGGGACAUAGGGGGGAACGGAUUAAUCGUUGUUUGGAACAGCAUACCCAUCCUAAAUGAAGAUCGAGACAAAAACAUUCCCAAGAUUUUAGCAAGAAUUCAGCACCAAGCCGGAGUAAACUGCGUAAGAUGGAGUACUGAUGGAACCCUGUUAGCUGCUGCUUCAGACGAUAAAGUUGUUACAGUCUAUGAAUAUGGCGGUCGUGUCAAAUCCUCGGGCACGAUUGGUAGUAAAGAAAUUCUAGCAGUAGAAAAGUAUAGGAUUGUGCACAAUAUGCAUAUGCAUACAAUGGAAGUCCUCUCCGUGGAAUGGUCGGACGAUGGAAGAUUUUUGGCAUCUGGAUCCAUGGACAAUACAGUAAUUAUUUGGAACGCUAAGCGUUUACCUGAGAAAGUUAUUGUACUGGAUCAUAAACGAGACGGUCACACCGCGCCCGUGAAAGGUAUUAGUUGGGAUCCGAUAGGAAAAUAUAUUGCAACUCAGUCUGCUGACAAGACUGUGAAAUGCUGGAAAACAGAUAAUUGGCAAUGUGAAAAAACUGUUAGUGAACCAUUCGUUGAGAGUGGUCAAACUACUAUGUUCAGUAGAUUGGGAUGGGCUGCAGACGGACAGUUCUUGUUUGCACCAUGUGCUAUGAAUAAUCAAGGUCCUGUAUGCCAAAUUAUUCGCCGAAAAGAUUGGGAUUCUUCUAUGGAUUUAGUUGGCCACAGAAAAGCUGUUACUGUUGUUAAAGUGUCAAAACGUUUAUUACAUUAUGUCGAUUAUUCCGGUAAAAAAAUGCAGGUUUCUUUGUUAGCUGUGGGUUCACGUGAUAAGUCACUCUCUGUAUGGGUUUUUCCUUUAGUCAAAAGACCAGUUAUUGUUAUGACUCGUAUAUUCAAACAUUCCAUAAUGGACAUUACUUGGAAAGGGUUAGAUUUGGUUGUUUGUUCUCAGGAUGGUUCUGUGAAGUAUUUCGUGUUCAGUGUCAAAGAACUAGGAGACUUGGCUAGUAUCGAACAAAUGGGAACAGAGUGUGAACUGCUUUACAAGAGCAAACCUCCUCAAUUCUGUGAACAGGAUCUGAAUUGUGCAACUCCUGGAAAGUUGAAUAGUACUUUUAUCGACACUGCUGAGCAGCUUGUUGCAAAAAGAAAGGCCGAAGAAGCCACGAUGGAUGUUGAUUCAACGAAAUCCUCAUUCAUGGAAAAAAUUGAUGCAAUUCAAAAAAGGAAGACAGAAGAGCUUCUAGAGAAGAGAAAAGAACAAGUCGAGACGAGAACUAACGAUGGAAAACGACGAAUACAACCCAUUUUCUUGGCAUCUACAGUUGAUGAUGAACCCCCUGCUACAUCCGUUCCUGCUACUAGUACUACUACUACGACUACUACAACUGUUCAAGCUUCUUCUAAUAGCGAGCCUACAACCGAAGAAAAUGUGGUUACAACAGGGAAGGUUGUUGCAGGAAAACAAAGUCCUCCACCUAAGAAAACUAGAUUAGAACUAACUACUGAUGAUUCAACUGCCGAUGACAGUAGUGAUGACUGUGCAGAUAUUACCAUGUCUGAUGAUGAGUCUGCUAAAGAUGCGUCUGCUCAACCUUCAAGUAAAGGACCCGCCGAACAAAUGAUGAGAGCUGAUUUCAAAAAACCAUCAUUGAGACUUGUUGAUAACACCCAUAUUGCUGUAUCGGAUGCUAAUACUGUUUUGGACACACCUGAACAGAAGUCCACCCUGACUGAAACGGUCAUAGGACUGAUUGGAGACACAGUUGAUAUUCAGAAUGAGUGGGCUUGUACUGGUACGACAACAAGUAAACUAACGUAUACUAAAAAGAAAGAGCAUGUUUGGUCAGCUUUUGUUGGUCCACCUGUAGCUAUCGUUGCGGCUAAUCGACUCUGGACAGUCGUGGGGUGUUUUGAUCGAACUGUACGUGUAUAUGCAAGCACUAGUGGAAGAUUACAAAGUUGUCUCCAACUAGAUUCAGUCCCUGUCCGUGUUGGGUUAAAUGGAAACAAAAUGUUUGCUCUCACGCAAACUGGAAGAUUCAGUUCUUGGGAUGUGGAAAAAUGCAAAGCUUUACUAUCCCGACAACCCAUCUCCGAUUGUGUCUCAAAAGAUGCAAACCUCACAUCUAUAUCCCUCUCACCACUAGGAAUGCCUCUGAUAGGGUUUUCAACGGGAAAUUUAUUCACUUUCUCCACAGACAUGCAAUGUUGGCAUUUGGUCGACUCAUCAUCUUCGGUGUUGAGGCUCUGUGACUCAAUCGAACCUUAUGAACUAGGUGAUGGGCAAUUAGGGAAAAUUCUAAAAAAGCGAAAGAGAGGUGUUCCUGCUCUGAAAGUUCCAGCCGGUGUUCGCUCCAGCGUCACAGAAAAUCAGUUAGAGUCUUGGUUAGCUUCUGCACUCAUCACAGGCUGCUCCACGGAUUAUAGACGACUGUUAAUGACCUAUGCUCAGCAGCUCAUAAAAGACAAAUCAACAAUUAAGCUGAAAGAAUUACUUACCAAGUUCGAAGGCAACGGACUGAUUUGUGGGCUACAAAAAAAUGCCUUACGCCAAGAUAUUGAAGAUAUUGUUAAAACUGAUCCCAUUCUCGCCACCAUGAUCACAGCCAAGCGUAACACAAUUAUUUAA